GCCUUGCGUGAGCGUGCGCGGGCGCGUCGGCCGGCAAGGGAGCAGCAAACGGCCGGCGGCGGGCGCCGCGCGGGGGGCGGGCGGCGCGGAGGAGGCGGCAGUGGCCAUGGCCGAGGCGUCGCCGCACCCCGGACGGUACUUCUGCCACUGCUGCUCGGUCGAGAUCGUGCCGCGCCUGCCGGAUUACAUCUGCCCCAGAUGCGAGUCUGGCUUUAUCGAGGAGCUUCCGGAAGAAACCAGGAGUACAGAAAAUGGGUCUGCCCCCUCCACGGCCCCCCCAGACCAGAGCAGGCCGUCAUUUGAGGGUCCCCCGGCGUGUCCCCAUCCCCCAGAGCCCUGGGUCCGGGCAACACCCCACGGUGCAUGGAGGACGCCUGGGCUCCCAGGUGGCAGCUCAGGGUCCUGGCCUGUGACCACGGCCCUUCCCCCGCAGAACGUGGACCAGCACCUGUUCACGCUGCCGCAGGGCUACGGCCAGUUUGCUUUCGGCAUCUUUGACGACAGCUUCGAGAUCCCCACGUUCCCCCCCGGGGUGCAGGCCGAUGAGGGCAGGGACCCUGAGAGCCGGCGGGAGAGAGAGCAGCACUCCCGGCACCGGUAUGGCGCCCGGCAGCCCCGCGCCCGCCUCACUGCACGGCGGGCUACCGGCCGGCACGAAGGCGUCCCCACGCUGGAAGGGAUCAUCCAGCAGCUGGUUAACGGCAUCAUCACCCCGGCCAGCAUCCCCAGCCUGGGCCUGGGCCCUUGGGGCGUCCUGCACUCAAACCCGAUGGACUACGCCUGGGGGGCCAACGGCCUGGAUGCCAUCAUCACGCAGCUCCUCAAUCAGUUUGAAAACACAGGCCCCCCGCCUGCAGACAAAGAGAAAAUCCAGGCCCUCCCCACCGUCCCCGUCACUGAGGAACAUGUAGGCUCCGGACUGGAGUGCCCCGUGUGCAAGGACGACUACGGGCUGGGGGAGCGCGUGCGGCAGCUGCCCUGCAGUCAUCUCUUCCACGACGGCUGCAUCGUGCCCUGGCUGCAGCAGCACGACAGCUGCCCUGUGUGCCGGAAAAGUCUCACGGGACAGAACACGGCCACCAACCCCCCAGGCCUGACCGGCGUGAGCUUCUCGUCGUCCUCGUCCUCCUCGUCCUCUAGCUCGCCGAGCAACGAAAACCCGGCCGGCAACUCCUGAGCCCCCGCCUCCCUCCGGCUGGCCCCCAGAGUGAGCACAGGACCCCACCCACACCGGGCCCGGUGGGGCGGUGGGCGGGGGGGGCACCACGGAGCCGGAGCCUGGAGGUGCCCCACCUGCCUUGGCUCCCACACCGCGCCCCCCGCCGUGGGCAGAGACUCGGAGGACCGCCGCCUCCAGGCUGGCAUCUGGCACAGGGGCCUGGGCACACGGCACCCCUGGGGGCGUCCCCAGCUCCCCUACCCAUCUGUCUCUAACCUCACCCUCCACACAGCAGCGGCGGAAAGGUUUUUAUAAUUUUAAAUUAUUACCGCUUUGAAAUAAACGGACGUUUGAGCUCACACGCGGCCCUGCAUGAUCUCUGGAAAGACCGGGUGGAACCGUGAGGCCGGGGUCUCUGUGAUGCCCGGACAGGCUGCCAGUCCCCAGCCCGGGUAUCCCCGGCCCAGGCGCAGGGGGCUCGGGACCACGGGAUGACCAGCAAAACAAGAACAAAACUGCUCCGACAGACGUUUUUUAAAGGAAAAAAAUAUGUGUAUCUUGAAAGCUAUUUAAAAAUACACCUACUUAGAAAGAGAA